AUGAUUUGGUUAUCGCUCUUCAUUUUCUUUGCCUGCUCGUUUACAAGCGAUGCUGCCACCGUCAAUGACUUUAUUUUUCCAAACAAUCAGACCAAUCCUCCUAAAUACGAGGGGUCUUUUGAAAUUGGUACCGAGCUCACUGUUCAGUGGGAGUCCGUAUGGAAGAAUACAACUUUGGUUCUUUGGCAAAGCGGGACGCCACAGUUCCAGUAUCUUCCAAACUCGAGAGACAUGAUAGGGUUUACCCAAUUCAUAUGGAAAGUUGAUCUGAGUGGCGCCAAUGGCAAUCCCAAAUUCGACCUAAACGCGGGGAAUGCCUUCUUUUUCGGCAUCUUUAACAGUGGCACAACCGACCUUUUCGAAAGUCAGUUUGUCAACAUUACCGGAAAGAAUAACAUCGUAUCAAUCGCUUCUUCAUCUGCUGUGGCUACGACCUCAGUGAGUAGUGCAGCCAGUACUGAUCCCACGACUUCCACCAAUGCCUCAAGCGCUGCCCUGAGUAGUACGACAGAACAGCCCUCAAGCACCUCGACAAGUUCUUCAAGUUCCGUAAUGCCAACAAUCUCUUCUGCACCGGUCAGCACACAAUCUUCGAGCGAGCUAAGUGUAGGUGCCAAGGCAGGAAUUGGUAUUGGUUCUGUAGUUGCAUUUUUUUCCAUUGUCGGAGCAGCUUUUGCUUUAGGGCACUUCCUUCGCCAGCCAAAAACUCCACACAUCCAUCCAGAGAGUGCGGCCGUGGGCCAUUCAAGUUUCGCCCCUUCCACGACCACUGCAAUGACCUCAGGGUCUCAGCAAUGGCACCCUCUGGUGGAAGCACAUUCAGAAAUCCAGAAACCAGGAAACAGAAUCUACGAGAUAUGA